AUGGCCGACAUAUCCACCACCCUCCCUCUAUCGAGGUCAUCCGUCAUCUCGGCCCACGAGCUCAUCAAACCACACGUCCACCGCACGCCCGUCCUCACAAACACAACUCUCUCUACACUUGCGUCCACGCCCCGAACUGCCGACGACCUAAAGGGCACGCGCUUCGAAGGCAGGACACCCGCAAAGCCCAAGAUCAGACUGUGGUUCAAAUGUGAGAAUCUGCAGAGAAUUGGGGCGUUUAAAGUCCGGGGGGCGUUUCACGCGCUGGGACGGCUGAUGCUCGAGGAGGGGUGGGUUGAGGGCGGUGGCAAGGAGAGGGGAGUCGUUACACAUAGUUCUGGCAACCAUGCCCAGGCGCUGGCUCUCGCGGCGCGCGAAUCCUCCGUAAAAGCACACAUCAUCAUGCCCACCAUCUCUAUGCCGCAAAAGAUAGCCGCGACAAAGGGCUACGGCGCGAACGUCUACUUCAGCGGCAGCACGUCCGUCGAGCGAGAAGCCCUCGCCAACAAAGUCAUUUCCGAGACAGGCGCACGACUCAUACCCCCCUACGACCACCCGGACAUUAUGCUCGGCCAGGGAACCAUGGGUCUCGAACUACAGGAACAAGUUGCGGAGCUGCAAACGAAAGAUCCGUACUCGUCCGGGACGAAGGGCCUUCAGGGCAUCAUCACCCCCUGCGGCGGAGGGGGCAUGCUCUCGGGGGUAGCACUCUCCGCAGAAGGCACGGGGAUAAAGGUCUUUGGUGCGGAGCCGUCGUACCAGGGCGCCGAUGACGGGAAGAGGGGGUACGAAAGCGGCGAGAGGGUGACGAGCGUGAGUACGCUGACGGUGGCGGAUGGGUUGAGGACCCCGGUGGGCGAGUGGCCGUGGAAGGUGAUUUACGAGAGGAGGCUCGUGAGCGGGAUGUAUAGCGUUACGGAGGAGGAGAUCACGAGGGCGAUGAGGUUGGUGCUGGAGAGGAUGAAGGUGGUUGUGGAGCCGAGUGCGUGUGUUGGGCUGGCGGUUGCGUUGUUUGAUGAGGAUUUUAGGGCGAUGGUGGAGAGGGAGGGCGGGGAGGAGGGUUGGGAUUUGGGGAUUGUGUUUAGUGGUGGGAAUGUGGGGGUUGAUGCUAUCGGGAGGUUGUUCUCUGAAAGUUAA